CAACCGAAGUGCAAUCGAAAUGACCCAGGUAUGACAUUGGGCCUUCUGUCAAGGUUGACAUUGCUCAAUCUCUUCUGUCGUCACAUAAUCACUGCUCCGACAUGAGAUGAGACAUGAUGUCCAGGAGCAAGUCGACUUGUUCGAGUGCCUGCGGGCCAUGUACCCUUUAACAUCAGAGCUGGAAGUUUCUGAACAGACUGCGCUCUGGCUAUCGGACCGCGAAUCUGGAGCCGCCUCUGCCUCGUCCAGGGCAUGCGACAGCCUGGAUGCUCUCAUCAACCUCGAGAUAGAAUCAGAUCUCACGCUCUUGAUUCACGUUGGCAUCUCCAUACCGUUGAACCACUCGGCUGUCACUGUGCUCCCUCGACAACCUGAAUGGAUGACGAGAUCGUCCUUUGACUCGUUCCUUUUGGCAAUGCCGAAGAGCAGGCCAGACAAUAGCGAUAUGAGCGAGCACCUACUAGGCUCAGUGGAUUGGAUCAGAAGCCAUGCGCUGGAAUAUAGGACGGAACAGAAAAGCAAGACCUUUGCCGAGGCUGAGGACAAGCAGACCAACAACGCAUUUCGGCGCCUCGAGCGGGUCUGGUUCUGGUUCCCCUCGCUCAGCUCUAAGGAAAAGCGUAGAGACCUGGUAGAUUACGCAGCGGAAUACGAUUUAAAGGGCUUCGUGCUAGCAGGAAAGCCAGGUCUGCUGUGCCUAGAAGGGGAUGGCUCCAAAGUCGACAAGUAUAUGUCGGCUGUCAAGUCUGAAUCCUGGUCUGACAUUCCAUCCUAUCAGAAGAAAGUCACUGAAAGGCUGCGCAAACCACUUGUCGACUCUCAACGGCGAUUCGCAGACAUGAAAGACAUUGCCCACCUCGUCCCUCAGUAUGGCCAGUACAAUCACAGGGGAGAGAUGAGCGAGGUCAAAAGAUUGAUGGAUCAAUGGGGCGUAGGCGAAGACUUUGGCAGUGUCGUGAUGAGCAGCGGUGCAAGCACGUCGUGAAGAGCACACAAC